AGCGCAGUGUGGGCUCGCGCCUCAGGCCGCCAUUUCUUGGCAUCUCCCGAGGGUCGCCCCUACCUCAGCCUCGCUCGGUCGCCGCUGCGCCGUCGUCCCAGCCCAGUGACAAAAAUGCUGAGAUUCUUCCGUAGAACACUUGGGCGUCGGUCAAUGCGUAAACAUGCUGAGAAGGAACGACUUCGAGAAGCUCAACGAGCUCCCACACACAUUCCUGCAGCUGGAGAUUCUAAGUCUAUCAUCACAUGUCGGGUGUCCCUUCUGGAUGGUACUGAUGUUAGUGUGGACUUGCCGGUUCCAGUUGGUCAUCUUUAAGCGUCCACAGAUAAUUCUAGUCUCUGUGACUAUCCACAAUUUAUUCACAAAUAUGAAAAAAGCCAAAGGUCAAGAGCUGUUUGAUCAGAUUACAUACCACUUGGACCUUAUUGAAAGUGACUAUUUUGGACUGAGAUUUAUGGAUUCGGCACAAGUAGCACAUUGGUUGGAUGUUACAAAGAGUAUCAAAAAGCAAGUAAAAAUUGGUUCACCCUAUUGUCUGCAUUUUCGAGUUAAGUUUUAUUCCUCAGAACCAAAUAAUCUUCGUGAAGAGCUAACCCGGUAUUUAUUCGUUCUUCAAUUAAAACAAGAUAUUCUCAGUGGAAAAUUGGAGUGCCCCUUUGAUACAGCAGUUCAGUUGGCAGCUUAUAAUCUGCAAGCUGAACUUGGUGACUAUGAUCUUGCUGAGCAUAGUCCUGAACUCGUAUCUGAGUUCAGGUUCAUGCCCAUUCAGACUGAAGAAAUGGAGCUGGCUAUUUUUGAGAAAUGGAAGGAAUACAGAGGUCAGACACCAGCACAAGCUGAAACCAAUUACCUGAAUAAAGCCAAGUGGCUAGAAAUGUAUGGGGUUGAUAUGCAUGUGGUCAAGGCUAGAGACGGGAAUGACUAUAGUUUGGGACUAACCCCAACAGGAGUUCUUGUGUUUGAAGGAGAGACCAAAAUUGGCUUAUUUUUUUGGCCCAAGAUAACCAGACUGGAUUUUAAGAAGACUAAAUUAACCCUGGUGGUGGUAGAAGAUGAUGAUCAGGGCAAAGAGCAGGAACAUACUUUUGUCUUUAGACUGGACCAUCCAAAAGCUUGCAAACAUUUAUGGAAAUGUGCUGUGGAGCACCAUGCCUUCUUCCGCCUCCGAGGCCCUGUCCAAAAGGGUUCUCAGCGAUCAGGAUUUAUUCGACUAGGAUCACGAUUUAGAUAUAGUGGGAAAACUGAGUAUCAGACCACAAAAACCAACAAAGCAAGAAGAUCAACAUCCUUUGAAAGAAGGCCCAGCAAACGAUAUUCUCGACGAACUCUGCAGAUGAAAGCAGGUAUAGGAAAACCUGAAGAACUCAGCACUCAAAGUAAUGUUUCAACCCAGAGUAAUGGCUCCCAACAGGCUUGGGGUAUGAGAUCUACUCUGCUUGUGACUCCUUCUAUGCCCCCUGGUCCUGUGCUGGUGGAGAUAGAGAAUCUUCCAAGGAGUCCUGGAACAGACCAGCAUGACAGGAAAUGUUUGCCUCCGAGUAUUGAUUUGCUAGAUAGUCCAGCCUUAUUGGAAACAACCAUUGUUGAUGAAAUCAGGGCACCUGACACUGUGGAAACAUUGCAUUCACCAGGUGAAAUUAACACAGCCCCCAGGCAAACUGGAUUAGAGGAACCUGAAGUUGAAGCAUUAAAAGAUGCAUCAGAGAAGCUAAAACACCUUGAGAUGGAAAAUAGUUCAUUGCCAUCCCCUCGUCCCAACAUUGAUGUUAACAUCAACAACCAGGAGGAAGUGGUGAAGUUGACUGAGAAAUGUCUUAAUAAUGCCAUUGAGAGCCCAGGACUGAAUGCUAGGAAAGUUCCUCUUGACUUGAAGAGUAACAUUUUGAAGGCUCAAGUAGAAGCAGUGCAUAAGGUUACAAGAGAAGAUAGCCUAUUAAGUCAUAAAAACGCCAUUGUUCAGGAUGCUGCCACAAACAGUGCUGUAUUAAAUGAGAACAAUGUGCCCCUCCCUGAAGAUUCCCUUGCUCCACUGCAUACCACACCUACAGGAAAUGGUUCUAUUCUAAAGGAUGCUACAAAUGAAUUGGAUGUCUUGCUUUUAUCUCUAACUGAGAAUCUAAUUGACCACACAGUCACUCCUCAGGUAUCUUCAACAUCCAUCAUCGCACCUCGGUGGAUUGUGCCACAGAGCAGUGUUCUUUCUAAUGGACUCACAGGAAAUGGACCAUCCUUGGUAGGGAAGGAGGGACAUGGUAACGGAGAUGUGAUCUCCAUGAUCUCUCCCCCAGCACCAUUCUUGGUGGAUGCUGUGACCAGCUCUGCUCCAACUUUGGCGGAAGAACCCAUCCUGAAGCAGAAGUGUUUAUUGACAACUGAGCUGUAAGGCAGCGGUUCUCAACCUAUGGGUCGUGACCCCUUUGGGGUUGAAUGACCCUUUCACAGGGUUUGCC